ACCUGUGUAGAAAUUUAAUGUCAACAAAACACAACUGGUAGUUUAUGGGAAUUUAGAGUACAUAUAUUAAAAUGUUAUUUCAGCAAAACCGAAGUAACGUGUAUCAUUAUUGUCGAAAUGAACGUUAUCUUUUACUGCAACAGACGCUACUUCGGCAGCUUUUCAGCUUUCACGUUUGACAGGUGGACCCUGUCCGAACAGCAGGGAAUUAUCUAGCUCCUUUUUAUAUAAUUUACUGUUUCCAUUUGUCCGGGGGCCCUGCCUCCUUCAUGUUUCGUCAGGAAUGUUCAUGCGUGUGUUGUAUUGAUAACGGGGGUGUGUUCCCUGCGUGACAUGUGAGAGGAUCGAUAGGGAGUAAACCAUCGCCGGGAAUGGAAAGGAAAGGAGUUUGUUAUGGCGGACCCAGAGGUGUCGACUCAGAGCGGCGGCUAUGACGUGGAGCUGUUUGUGGAAGCUCCGGACUACGACCUGAUCUGCACCAUUUGCCAGGGGGUCCUCAGGUGUCCUGUAAGAGCGGCAUGCCACCACAUUUUCUGCAAGAGAUGCAUCUUACAGUGGCUAAAAAGGCAGGAGACCUGCCCCUGCUGCAGGAAGCCGGUUAACCCGAGCCUGAUCUUUGUCAUGUUCAAGCUGAGCAAAUCUAUUGGCCGUAUGAAGAUCAAGUGUAAGAACGAGAUCCGUGGCUGCGACGAGACCUUCUCCCUCUCGGAGCAGUACUGCCACAGCAUGAGCUGCCUGUACGAGCUCAUCCCCUGCCCGUACCAGGGCUGCAGGGCGCAGCUCCUCCGCAGGGACCUGGAGACCCACGCGCGCCACUGCGAGCACUGGCGCCAGCCGUGCCACAUGGGCUGCGGCACGAUACUCUCCCACCACACCCAGACGCAGCACAACUGCUACAAGCAGCUGAGGCAGGAGUACGAGGCCAGGCAGAGGAACCACAGGGCCAUCGCCACCGCCCUCCAGAGGAAGAUGAGGCGGAUGCAGAGCACCAUGGCUCACAUGAAGAGGCAGAUAGGGCUCAUCUGCGAGAGCCUGGAGGUGAUGGACGACCUGCACGAGGUGGAGGAGGACGACCUCGGGGAGAGCAGUGGCAGCUCCGGCGGGACUCCAAGUAGCAACAGCAACGGCUGAGGGACGAGUCAGUGUUACUGGUUGGCUACUGCUGUGUAUAAUUUCGCGUGUUUUUUUUUAAUAUGUGGGUACAUUUAGAGAAUUUUCAGCAGCUUUGUAAAUAAAGUAUUUAACAUUA